GCUUCUUCCACGAGUAAAAGACCCCAGACAGAUUCUUCGUCUCGCUUUACCAAACGCACCCAAAACAUCCACUUCGACGUCAUGCCACCCUGUUAGUACCGGCCGAAGUGGGGAGUUGCCCCUUGGCUGUGUCGUAAUGCCGGCCGGUCCGGAGAUCCAGUCACGAUCUUUAGGUGUCACUUCCAAGAUGGAAUUUUUUACCACGUGUCGCGACUACGAGCGGGUGUCACAUCCCUUGAAAAUUAGUUUUCUAUCAGACACACAUUUAUAGCCAUUGGAAGCAUUUCGAGAUUCGACUUGAUUACUACCUCCAUUCUCUUUACUGCGUCGCUCGUUAACAAGCCCCUCAGAUCCCAUGCAAGCUUCAUCAAAUUCUCCUUCCUCUCCAGACGACCCUGAUCCCGGGUCCAGCCCCAAGGCCAAGGAAGGAUAUGGCUUCACCUCCCCGGAAGGGUCGCCGAGCCCCAAAAAUGGCGAAUCAAGCGCCGCACUGAAGAAAGAGAAGGGUCGUGUACGAUUCAACAGCACUGCGGCCGUCACUGGACCCCCGCCAACUGCGAAUGCGUUUGGGCCUCUAUUGGAACAUGGAGAAGUCCCGAUACCGAAGCCGAGACCAUCCGUGCUGCGUGGCAACUCCUCAAACUCCAUACAAACCGUCCCGGACAUGAGUGAUGAGUUGGAUCCUUAUUCUGAAAAGGCCAGCUCUGCUGCUGCUGCGCAAGAACGCGCUAGACAAGUGGCCGCCAAAGUCUGGAACGAUUUACCCGUGGCACAUUCCAGACACUCUCUCGACUCCGAAGCCGAGACGGCGACGAGUGAGGGCGAGCUCAUCCCCCUUCAAGACUUGGGAUAUGCUCCUCAUGCUCGCGAUGACCUCCAUAAGAGCCAGCAUCAGGAGGGCCAGCCCCAAGAGGACCAGUAUCAGCCCUUGCAGCAAGAAGCGCAACAUCUUGUGCGAGCACACACUCAGCGUUUUGGGAGGGGGGCGCAGAAUGAAGGACCAAGCCAUCAAACGCCCGGCGGUCGACACGUUGUUCCGACAGAGGUGAACGAUGGUAUCUACGGCGGAUUGUAUAGUGUACCACCGCCGCAACAUUACCGAGGCGGUGUACUUUCUCAGCUCUUGACGCUCUACAAACCUCCAGAAUCUGGCCAUCGCAAUCGAGAUUCAGUGGCCUCGUUCAGCGGAGAACAGAGCACGCCAGGUACUGAGUCCGGCGCCGCCACUCCACGCAAGAAAUGGUACAAUCAAAACCGAUCGCAAGACACGCUGGUUACGCUCGUCGGAGCUUCAGCACGGCUUGCAAACCCCAACAUGGCCAACGACGACCAAAGGGGCAACGGAAAGAAGAAGCACGCGCACAAGCGGACAGGGAGCAGCUCGCGUCUCAGUGCAUUCUUGCAUCAGGAGGAAGUCCGCAUCACGGUGCACAUCGCCGAGACCUUGGCGCGACAGGAGUACAUCAUCAGGCUUUGCCGCGCGCUGAUGAUGUUUGGAGCGCCUACCCAUCGGCUCGAGGAGUAUCUGCAAAUGACAGCCAGGGUUCUCGAGAUUGACGGCCAGUUCUUGUAUCUUCCAGGAUGCAUGAUCAUUUCGUUUGACGACAGAUCAACGCACACGACCGAGGUCAGAAUUGUCCGCACCGCCCAGGGCAUUGAUCUCGGGAAGUUGAAGGAUUUGCAUCUCGUCUACAAAGAGGUGAUGCACGACGUUAUUGGUGUUGAGGAAGGCACUCGAAAGUUGGACGAGUUGAUCAGCUCUAAAAACAAGUUCCACGCUUGGUUUAGAGUCCUCAUCUUUGGUUUGACGAGCGCGACGGCGGCCCCAUUCUCUUUCAAGGCUCGCCUCAUCGAUCUCCCGCUCUGUUUCUUUCUUGGGUGUCUCGUCGGAGUGCUGCAGCUUAUUGUGGCCCCAAAGUCGAAUCUUUACAACAAUGUCUUGGAGGUAUCCGCCACCGUGUUGGUGAGCUUCUUAGCAAGAGCAUUCGGGAGCAUAAGAGGUGGAUCUCUAUUUUGCUUCUCGGCCCUUGCUCAGGGAGGCAUUGUUAUGCUCCUCCCCGGGUACUUGGUUUUGUGCUCUGCUCUGGAGCUGCAAUCUCGCGCCAUUAUCCCAGGCUCCAUCCGUAUCGUCUAUGCUAUCAUCUACUCCCUCCUGCUCGGUUUCGGCAUUACUGUCGGCGCGGCUCUCUACGGACUAAUUGACAACAAUGCAACGUCGGCGACUACUUGUGAAGAUCCCCUCCCAAGCUUCUGGGGCUUCAUAUUCGUCCCGUUGUUCGUUAUUUGCAUCAGCAUUCUCUACCAAGCCAAAUGGCGCCAAAUGCCCGUCAUGGUUUUGAUUGCCUCCGCUGGGUAUAUUGUCAACUAUUUCAGCAGCAUCAAAUUCGCUGCUAGCCCCCAAAUUUCCAACACAUUCGGCGCUCUGGCCGUUGGUGUACUCGCCAACCUUUAUUCUCGAAUCCGGCACGGCGUCGCGGCGGCGACUUUAAUUCCCGCAAUCUUUACCCAAGUGCCCGGUGGGUUGGCUUCAACUGGCGGCUUGCUUACUGGGUUGCAAACGGCCAAUAUGCUCACGAAUUCGUCCAGUUCGGACAAUUCAACAACCACAACUGCUGAGACUGAGUCACUGAACACUGUGGUUUUCGAUGUUGCGGCUUCAAUGAUUCAGAUCGCUAUUGGUAUCGCCGUUGGGCUCUUCAUCAGUGCACUGCUGGUCUAUCCGCUGGGAAAGCGACGAAGUGGUUUAUUUAGUUUCUAGGCUCGAGACUCAUCCACUCGCAUAUAUCACUUUGGGUUUCUGACGUCUUGGAAGUGAUUUCCAGCUAUAUGUCAGCCGGAGCUGGACGCUCCCUGUAACGAGCGGAACCCCCUGUAGAGACUCUGCCAAUAAGGGUCAGGGACCGCUGGAUCCCACUGGAGCGCGCUAUAACUCUAGCUGCAUCACGCAGCAGUUGAAUAGCCAGCGCCCGCAGUUAUCUCAUGAAUACCAUCAUCUAUACAUCGAGAACGAACUGUGUGUCCAAUUGGAAGAGCCAUGUCAGACUUGAUAUAGAUUUCUGUGCUAGUGCAGUUUACUUUGCAG